ACAAAGCAUAGAGUUAACUUUGUUUCGGUAUUCAGAUCCAGAGAAUGGCGAAACCCAGAAAGCUAUUCAGCUGCUGCUCUCUGUUAAUGGCAAUCAUGUUUGGUUUGUCUUCAUCUGUUCAGUUAAAUGACCCUGAUUGGUACUUCUGGUUUCCCCUGUAUUCUUGUGCUUGUAUUGUUAAUCUGCUAAAUUGGAGAAUCUCCCCAAAAGGAUCAAUCAAACAUAUUGCAAAAGUAGCACUGUGCCUUGGAGUGGUCUUGUUUCUUAAGGUUGUGGUUGAAGAUUUUGUAAGUAUGAUAGCUGGAUUCUGGUCAUUAGAUUUGACCCAGAGAGUUGUUAGGGAGAAAACUGGAAGUUUGUUGGUUAUCAUCUCCAUGAUUUUGCAUUUGUUAUCUUUAUCAGAACCGAACGAUCACAAGCCAGGAAAGAAGAGGGAAGAUGGGAAAGCUGUUGCAUAUGGAAUGGCAAGCUUAGUGGGUUUCAGUUACGGGCUUCCGUUUGUGUUCUUUGUGAUUCAGAAAGGGGAAAUGCAGUUCUGAAAAAAUCUACCAUAUACCAUACCAACACACUUCAGUCAUCUUAGGAACUGCUAGAAUUUUGCUAAUGAACCGAUAAACAUUACCAUAUUUCUGAUUG